AGAAUAUACUUAAGUGUCACUGGCUUAAUUCGUCUAUCUGUGUCGAAAACAUUGUUGUUAUUUAUUGUUGUAAGUGGUAUGUUGUAGAAAUUUAGGCUCCGAAAUAUGUAUUAACAUUAAAGGGUUCUGUUAAGUCAUUUGAUAUCAACAUAAAGUUGAGUGUUCCAGAUAGCAACACAUUUAAUAAAGUAAAUUUUUUUGCCCACCGAACCAAAAAUAUCCAAUACAUUUCAAUUGUCUGUCAUAUAACCUAGUUGGUAGUUAUGUGAAAUUAUAUUGAAAAAUAUUGCAGUUACACAACUGGUGUAUCGAUUUCAUACUUUAUUCCCAACUAGUGCUGGAAACAGAAUGUUUUAAUCCCUCUUUAGGCAUAAGCCGUUUCUUUUAUACUUGUGUAAGAAUUAAUAAACUACUCUUAGAUUGCUAAAAAAUGGACUUGCAUUGUAAAAAAAAGUUGAGAGUUAUGAUUGAUAUAUUUUACCAACAGUUUUUGUAGUGUUAUUACGAAAGCAAUUCUAUAUAGUUGAACCAGACAAAACACACAAAAAUUUCAAUAGUUGAUGUUUGAAAGAUUAGUCUUUGUUCUAAAUAGCUAUAUUUAAAAAUGAUAAGUAUAAUUAUAGUAGCUUUAGUGUAAAAAUUUUGAAUUAUUGAAAUUUAUGUUAACAAUAAGCUGUAAAAUAGCUUGCAGUACAUAAUGUCUACUAUACCCCAAAUAUCUAGUGGACUCAGUAAGCUCAAGAAAAAGCAUUUUCGAGUAAAACACCAAAAAGUAAAGGUGUUCCGAGCUAACGAACCUCUUCUUAGUAUAUUUAUGUGGGGCAUCAAUCACACAAUAAAUGAGUUAAGUCAUGUUAAUGUUCCCGUGAUGCUAUUACCAGAUGAUUUUAGAGCUUAUAGCAAACUGAAAGUUGAUAACCAUCUCUUCAACAAGGAAAAUAUGCCUUCUCAUUUCAAGAUAAAAGAGUACUGUCCUUUGGUUUUUAGAAAUUUAAGGGAGAGAUUCGGAAUUGACGAUUUGGAUUACAAAGAAUCUAUGACAAGAUCCCAACCUAUCCUUGAUGAGUCUUCUGGAAAAAGUGGUGCUAAAUUCUAUCAGUCAUAUGAUAAACUAUUUAUUAUUAAAACUUUAACGAGUGAAGAGGUUGAAAGAAUGCAUUCAUUUUUGAAACACUAUCAUCCGUACAUUGUUGAACGGCAUGGAAAGACAUUACUACCACAAUACCUUGGAAUGUAUCGAUUAACAGUUGAUGGAAUUGAACACUAUGUUGUAGCAAUUCGAAAUAUUUUCUCAAAUCAUUUAUCCACUCAUAAAAAGUUUGAUUUAAAAGGAUCUACAGUCGAUAGAGAAGCUUCGGAUAAAGAGAAAGAGAAAGAACUGCCAACGUUCAAAGAUAAUGAUUUUGUCAAGGAGAAAAUGAAGAUCUUUAUUGGAGAAGAAGCUAAGACAAAAUUAAUUGAAACGUUAACUGCUGAUGUUGAUUUUCUGACACGCCUACAUCUGAUGGAUUAUUCUUUACUUCUUGGGGUACAUAACUGCGCCCAAGCAGAAUUAGAAAAUAAGGAGCGCGCGGAAAAAGAGGAAGAAGAUGAUAAUCAUGAUGACGAAGAAGAUAGUGAGUCUGGUAGUGGAUUAGAGUGCCGUGGUCCAUUAGGAGAGCGGUUAUGGAGUUGGAGUGGUAUGACUGGAAUGGCUACACCCCCCGAAUCACCACAAGGUGUAUUAAUACGAGAUUCUAGCCUACAGUAUGAGGAUGCAAUCAUUCCUGAAUUAGAUAUAUAUGCUAUUCCAAGCUCUGAUAGUGCACCUGAAAAAGAAAUAUAUUUUCUAGCAAUUAUUGACGUUUUGACACAUUACGGUGUACGUAAACAAGCAGCCAAGGCAGCAAAAACUGUAAAAUAUGGAGCAAACGUAGAUGGGAUUUCAACUUGUGAUCCAGAACAGUAUGGAAAACGUUUUAUAGAAUUUCUAAUUAAAGCAAUAGAAUAAUACUUAAAGUUUGUACUAAGUUUGUACUAACACAACUUAACACAACUAUAUCUUAAUUAUCUGUCUAUUCAAGAAUUCCAAAAAUAUUACCUAACUAUUCUGAUAAGAAGUAAUCAAAAAUCAUACAGAAUUGUGAAAAUCAUAUUAUUAUUGAAGUAAAAUUCAAAACAAGAAUAAAAUAAAAUUUAAUAAUUAUCUAAAAUUAUAACAUGAAUAUAGUUUUCUUAGAUUCGAUGUAGAAAAUAAACGUUAUUUAUAAUAUUUUAUACUCUACAAUUUUUUUUCUUUUUCAAAAUGUCCAUACGAAACAAAAUUUCUUGCUGCUGUCAUUCUUUAAG